UUUACGUAAAAAAUGAUUUGAAUUCAACCGACGACCAAUUUUAAAUAAAAAUUCGAUUCGAAAUUUGAUACCUGGAUGAAACGUCAAAAACUUGCUCACACAAAAGCGCGAUUUUUUUAGUCUUAUUCGCAAUAAAUUGUGGAUUUUAGAAGAGUUAAGCUUUAAUUUUCAGCUUUUUUCGGAUAAAAAAGUUCUUGAAGAGGUAAAUUUUUGUGAUUUAAUGAAAUUUUACCGAAACAUUUGCGAAAUCAUCAAAAAAAUCUACUUUUAUUAGGUAACUCACAAUUCCAACAACAACAACUGAUGUAAACAAACAAAAUUAGAGAAAGCCAAAAACUAAAAUUAGAUUUACGAGACAAAGAAAAUAUCUCUGAACGAUGGCUCCGCGCAAGAAAAAGGAAGAAAACCCUCCGAUAGUGGAGCAAAGUGUCCGAAUGGCAACAGAAACCAUGAUAAAUGACUUUAUGAAGGACCAUGAAAAGACAGAGCUGACCUUUCCGGCCGAUUUUACCAACACGGAGCGUCGAUAUGUGCACGAAUAUGUCAAAAAAUACGGAUUGAAGUCAAAAAGUCAUGGAAAAGGUCAAAGUCGUAUCCUGACGGUGUUUAAACAAACAAAAAAUACGCAAUUGUCGGAAGAUCUUUUCCUCGAUUGUACCGGAACUUCACGGAACACCAUUUAUCAGCUACUUAAAGAGAAUCCCCUGAGUUUCAAGGAGAAAUGUGACUUGAAGAAGCCAUUAAAGGCAAAUCUGAAUAGUCCAAAGUUGUUUCCGUACCGCAUUAGUGUCGGUCAGAUGAAUGCUCCUCACUUGCAAAUUCCGCCAUAUCCGAGCAAUUUGGCGCCUGCAACUGUCUCGCAACGCAUGAGUCUUCCCAUCUUUCCGUAUCGCUCGAAAAUUAUCGAAACCAUUCGAAAUUCGCGUGCUGUCGUGAUUUCUGGCGAAACAGGAAGCGGCAAGACGACGCAAGUCCCGCAAUAUAUUUUGGAAGACGGAGCCGAAUGUCGGGUUCCGUACCGCAUUAUUUGCACGCAGCCACGACGAUUGUCGGCGAUUUCGAUUUCGGAGCGAGUGGCGCAGGAACGGAACGAAAAACUCGGUUCAACAGUUGGUUAUCAAAUUCGGUUGGAGAGUAAGAUUAGUCCGUCGACGAAUUUGAUUUAUUGUACGAACGGCGUUUUGUUGCGGUGUCUCAUGAGCGACAAGCCCGAAGUGGUCUUCAAAUAUAUCACGCACGUGAUUGUCGAUGAAGUUCACGAACGUGAUAAAUUUUCGGAUUUUUUGCUUAUUUCGUUGAAGCGAGCUAUGCAAGCUGUGCCACAUAUCAAGGUGAUUCUCAUGUCCGCCACCAUCGAUUCCGAAAUUUUUACCAAAUACUUUUUCGAAUGCCCGUUAAUUGAAGUACCCGGAAAAAUGUUCGAUGUUCAGCUCAACUACUUGGAGGACGUUUUAGUGGAAAUUGGUUACACAAAUGAACGAAUUGAGCAGAUGCGUCGCUCUUUGAAGGCUGAUGCCACAAUUACUGAUCCCGUUAAGCGAGAAACCCAAGUGGAUUCCAGCGAAAAACUCCUCUCGGCAAUUGAAUCAGUCAAUUUGGAUGACGAUACCCGAGAAUUUGCUGACGAAGUACUUUCAGCGCUGCUCAAUGGCGACGACGAGAGCAUGGAAGAGCAAUUUAUUUAUCUAAUAGCAGCGGAAAAUCUCGACGUGGAUUAUUUCCACACAGAAUAUAACGUAACUGCAUUGAUGAUUGCCACAGCCAAGGGAUCGCAAUCCUUCAUUCAAGUCUUGUUGGAAGCCGGUGCGAAUCCAGAUAAGAAAAAUCGCGCUGGAAAAUCAGCGAUGGGAAUGGCAAAAGAGAAGGGAGAUGCGGAAAUUGUUCAAUUGUUGUUGCCGUAUUCCGGAAAAGGCGAAGAUCACAAAGUGGUGAAAAGUAAUCCGCUCGAGGAAAAAAAGCUGGCUACGAUGCUGCUAGAUGGAUAUUUGGCUGAAAACAUGGAAGAUACGAUUGACCACAAUCUUCUGUGUAAACUCAUCUCGCACAUUCACCGAAACAAGCCAAACGGCAGUAUUUUGGUCUUUUUGCCCGGUUAUGCUGACAUCCUGGAACAAGCGGAGAAGAUUCAAACGGAACUAAAUGCCAACGAAUAUCGUCUGUUCAUGUUGCACAGUAACAUGCAAACAGGCGACCAAAAAGGCGUCUUUAAUCGCAUGACCGGAAAUAUUCGUAAAAUUGUGUUGGCGACAAAUCUUGCUGAAACUUCGAUCACAAUUGAUGACGUCGUUUAUGUGAUUGACUCGGGACGCGUGAAACAACAAACAUUUGAUGCGAUUUCGGGUUCGUCACAACUCGCGGUUUGUUGGUGCUCGAAAGCUUGUGCGAAGCAGAGAGCUGGACGCGCAGGAAGAUGUCAAGCUGGCAUCUGUUAUCGGCUUUAUAGUUCGACGCGGUUUGAUACGAUGGAGGGUUACACUUUGCCAGAAUUGCUGCGUGUGCCACUGACGGAAAUUUGCAUUCAAGCAAAAUUGAUAGAGACGGAAUUAACAAUUGGGCAAUUCUUGGAGGAAGCUAUCCAACCACCGAGUAGCUUUAAUGUCAAGCAGAGUAUACAGAUUUUGCAGGCAAUCGGCGCACUAGACGAAGAAGAAAAUAUCACAGACCUUGGAUUGCGACUUGGAGACCUUCCCAUCGAUGUCCGUCUUGGCAAAAUGUUGCUCUAUGGCAUCAUGCUCCGUUGCUUAGAUCCCGUUUUGACGAUCGUCAGUGCACUUUCAACAUCCGAUCCCUUCACACUUCCCACACAAUCAUUCGAACGUGGCAAGGUAAUGGGCAUCAAACGUCACUUGUCCGAAGAUUCCUUCAGCGAUCACUUGUUACUGCUCCGCAUCUACCAGAAAUGGAGUCGCGAGAAAACCAUGCGCAACGAAAGACGAUUUUGCCAACAAAAUUAUCUCCGGUACGGUACUUUGGACAUGAUUUCAGGAGUGCGUUCGCAAAUUCUCGGCCAAUUACGCUCAAUCGGCUUCAUCCGUCCUUACGGCCCGGGAAAUAUUCGUGACUUGAACCAACAUUCGUCGAGCUGGGCCAUGGUGAAGGCUUGCAUCGUUGCUGGACUGUAUCCGAAUAUUGCGCAUGUGGAUCGCAAAAAGGGGAUUAUGAAGUCACGAAAUGUCACAAAAAUGGGAAUUCACAUGUCGUCCGUGGUUAAACAGAGAUCCACUGAUAAACGUGACUCUUUUGAUAAAUUGCCCACCGAUUGGAUUGUUUACGAAGAAAAGGUCCGAAUUUCUCGUUUUUGCUUGACACAAACGAAUACAGUGGUGACACCAAUGGCAGUGGCCCUCUUUGCUGGCUCCUUGGCUUUGAAUGAGAACAAAAGUCUCGUUCCCUAUACGACUCCAAGUGAGGACGAUAGUUCCGAGGAAGACGAAAUUUCGAAUCGAUACCGGUUUCUCAUUGAUGACUGGUUAAAUUUUGUUUGUGACACGCAAACGGCAUUCUUGAUCUUCAACUUUAAGCAAAAGUUGAGUGCGCAAUUUUUGCGUUUCUUGAGCGACUCACGAGAUUACUUCAAAAAAGCACAAAAUAACAUCGUCCUCGAGGCACUAAGUAAAAUCCUGGCAGACGAAGAAGCCGCUUAUUACUUGCCAAAGUUGAAGGAUAUUGACGAGAAGCCACGCGCGAAUCAAAUAAAUUACGAAAUUAUCAAAAAUCAGACUGAAAAUAUUCGUACUUCGACUCCCGUUUCAACAAGCGAAUCACAACAACGGCAAAACAACCAACAGCCCUCUCCGUCGCAGACAUCUCAUCAACAACAGCAUCACGCUAAUCAACGAGGUCGUCAUCAGCGUCAAUCUCAACAGCAAAUUCAGCAGCAGCCAAGUCGUUACAACAACAAACCACGACAAAAUUCCAGCAAAAACACUUCUUCAGUCCGAAUGCGAUGUUUCAUUGUCAAAGCGGCAUCCCGGGAACAAGUUGUCGAUUGUGUCCGUAACGGUCGUUGGGACUUUUCCUCGUCAAUUCGAUCGCAACUCAUUCGCAUGGCGCGUCAAAGCAAGAAUGCCAAGAUUUAUAUUCUCUUCAGUGUGCCAUUGAGCAAGUUUCUGUGUUGCCUCUCGGAAUUUUAUCUGGACAACGAUCAAAUCGCAUAUCGCCUCAUCGACGAACGACAAUUCAAUUUUUCGUAUUUGCGAAAUGUGCUGAACGGAUCUAACUUGCAAUAUUCCAAACAUUUGGACGAAUUUCUCGACGGCGAGGAGAUUCCACAGGAAAUUGCAACUUUUUACUAUAAUUUGAUCGUUAAAUAAGUUACUUUAUUUAUUUAUUUUUGUCAACAAAAAGGAGAUUAUACUUUGGAAAAAAGUGAAAGUUUAUUUUUGAAAAUAUUAAAUGUGAAAUUGUUCUCUAGAAGAGAAACUGUAAGUCAGGCUGCUACAAAUUUAUUUUGAACUUUUUGUACCGAAAAUAAAA